UGCACUGAAGCCAAGUGAAGAAUCUCACAAUUGCACUACACAUCACUUAACUUUGAUUCCUCUGGCAGCAAAGCGGCUCCGCCACCAACGAGACCUCGAGGGCUGUUUUUCCCCUCCCUGCACAUCACUCCCAUCUCCCUGCCUGGAAGCUGGUGCCCAGCAGAAGCUCUAACUCACUGUCCAUCCCACUGGACCACUCCCCACCAUGUUUCAGCGUCUCACCAGCCUCUUCUUCAGUGACAGCAAUGCGCCAGAGGGCCUAGAGGAGCCCAAACCCUUUGUCGAGGAGGAAGAGGAAGAGGAUGGCUGGCUCGUAAUUGAUCUUGCAGAGGAGCCCGGCCCUGACGGCGUGGGGAGCAGCCCCAUGGAGGACCUGCUCAUCGAGCACCCCAGCAUGUCCGUCUACGUCACCAGCACCCUCGAGGUGGAUGGGGAGGGCCUCGAGGACGAUGCUGCCGGGGAGGUGCCGGAGCCGCGGCUGGAGCGGCACGUGGCGCACCCCGGCCGGUCCCUGGCGGUGAAGGCGGCCAUCCUGGACAAGGUGGCAGGCCAGCGGGUGCAGCGGGCCAAGCAGCUGGCGGAGCGGCACCGGCUGGGCCAGAAGGCGCUGCAGCGGCAGAACCGCGCGGCAGCGCCCGCCCCGCGCGCCAAGCAGCUCCCUGGGGCCUUCGUGCACCCCUGCCAGCGCCACUGCAACUACUGA